AUGGAGCCCGCCAUUGAGAUGGCCGCUCCCCGCAAGAGCUUCUUCCAGGCUGCUUUGCCCGUCUUUGCCUGCGGUGCCGGUCUCUUCUCCGACGGCUACGUCAACAACGUCAUCGGCUCGGUCAACACGGUCCUCAAGCUUCAGUACGGCACCGUCUACACCUCGAGCAACGCCAGCAAGUACGUGUCCGACAUUGCCUUUGCUGGCACCGUGGUUGGACAGCUGCUGUUUGGCUUCCUGGCCGACCGCUGGUCUCGCAACAACUCGCUGCUCGUGUCCACCGUUAUCCUCGUUGUCUUUACUGCCUUGGCCGCUGGCUCCUACUACCAUGGCGAUGCUGUUGGCAUGUUCAAUAUGCUGACCGCCUGGCGAUUCUUUGUCGGUAUCGGCAUUGGAGGCGAGUAUCCCGCUGGUAGUGUUGGCUGUGCCGAGACGAGCAGCGAGCUCAAGUCUGGCACCCGCAACCGCUGGUUCAUCCUCUUCACGAACACGAUGAUUGACUGGGGUUUUGUCAUCGGCGCCUUUGUUCCCUACGUUGUCGCCGCUGCCACCCACAAUGGGCACCUGAGCACCAUCUGGCGGACCUCGCUCGGAAUCGGUGUCGUUUUCCCCCUGAUUCUCUUUGUUCUCCGUCUCAGGCUCGAGGAGCCCGAGGAGUUCUCCAAGAACUCCAUGCGACGCAAGACUCCCUAUCUGCUCGUCUUCCGUUACUACGGCUUCCGGCUGCUCGCUGUCAGCAUCAUCUGGUUCCUGUACGAUUUCUCCACGUAUGCUUUCGGCAUCUACUCUUCAUCUAUCCUGGCUGGCAUCUACUCCGACUCCGCUCCUCUCACCACCAUCUUUGGCUGGAAUACCGUUAUCAACCUGUUUUACAUUCCUGGCACCAUGAUCGGUGCCUUUGUCAGUGACCUGAUCGGCCCCAAGUACACCCUCAUCAUCGGUGUCUCUCUGCAAGCCAUUGUCGGCUACAUUAUGGCCGGUGUCUACGCCAAGAUUUCCACCCACAUCGCCGCCUUCGCUGUCGUUUACGGCAUCUUCCUGAGUCUUGGUGAGCUCGGCCCUGGCAACAACAUCGGUCUCCUGGCCGCCAAGACCUGCGCCACUGGUGUCCGUGGCCGCUACUACGGCAUUGCCGCCGCCAUUGGCAAGAUUGGUGCCUUCGUCGGCACCUGGGUCUUCCCCUACAUCGAAAAGGCCGGUGGUGACGACCCCACCAAGGUUGCGCAGUACCCUUUCUGGGUCGCCUCUUCGCUGUGCCUGCUGUCUGCUGCCAUUGCCUUCUUCUGCCUCCCCAACGUUGGCCAGGACACCAUUGUCGAGGAGGACGCCAGGUUCCGCGAGUAUCUCGAGAGCCACGGCUGGGACACCAACCAGCUGGGCAUGGGCAAGUCUGACUCCAUCCCCACAUACCAUGAGGAGGAGCUCAAAGGGUCUAAAGGCCAGUAA